AGCCGAAGAGAAUUAAAUGGCAGAUUCAACGCAAAAAAAAAAAAGACAGAAAACCCAGUUGCUGUUAAUAACGGUAAUAAUGGUAUUGUAAAGAACAAGAAGAAGAACAAAGAGGUUGCUCCCUUCGGAAAUUACAGGAAUUACUAUGGUUACCGUGUAGGUCAUGACGUUGAGGAGGAUCCACGGUUCAAAGUACUGAAGAAGGAGUGGUUUGAAGGCAAAGAUUGUCUUGACAUUGGUUGCAACAGCGGAUUGAUAACUAUUAAUAUUGCAAAGAAGUUUGACUGUAGGACUAUCCUUGGCAUUGAUAAUAUCUUCCUGUUCCUGGUGACAAGCUAUCAAUAAGUCAUCAAUAUCUUUGAGGGCCUUAAGUGACUUACUCGAUACGGAGGAAGUGGCUUCCAUUGGAUUCAUGUGUCUGGAAGUGACAGUGUCCUCAACAAUUGGGUGGACGUGAGUGUGGCUACUACGUCAUGCGUUAUAUGUACGAAAUACUUGAACAUCACCAUAGCAGUGAAGAUCUUAUUCAGGAUUUUUCAAGAACUACACCGUACACCGAGGAGGAGAUAAAUGAGAUUCGAGAUAUUUGGGCAGAGUAUUUUAUAUGUAAUGUUGAACUUUAGAUUUACCACUUAGCGCAUGUUUGACUCUUGUUUUGGAUUAUAGGCUUGAAAUGAAGUAAUUUGGUUAAUUGGUGUUGGGAUGAUGAGUAUAAUGUCUAUGAUAUUGAGAUGUAAAUUAUUGGACAGGUUGUUAAUAUAAUGUCGUCAUUCCCAAUUUUAUGGGUAGGCCAAAUUACAAAGGAGACUCUGCCGAAAUUUACAUUUGCAUUAUUCAAUAAUAUUGCAUUUUAAUUUCAA